AACUGAACCCAAUCAAGACUUCCAGGCCGUAUUACUUCUAGACCGUGUCACUUUGGGGGCUUGCCUCCGGAUUUCUUCUGAACACAGUCUAACUUUGGAACCUCGUCCUUGGAACUUUUUGAGGACUAUCGACUCACCCAGAAAUGGCUUACAUAAUGAAGAAGGAACACGCCUUUUGGCUAUCUGUGUGUCUGUUGUUUAGUGUUGUUCCUGAGCUGCUUACUGCUCUGCCCGAGGAAGCUGAUGGACAUGCAGAAAUCACAGGUUCCGAGCGGCCCCCGAUGAAACCGAAGCACACGUUUUGUGCCAUGAAGAUGGAUGAUGGGCCAUGCAAAGCCAUGAUAUGGAGUUAUUUUUUCAAUAUGGCUACUCAACAAUGUGAACAAUUUAUAUACGGGGGAUGCCUAGGAAACGAAAACCGAUUUGACACCCUGGAAGAGUGUAAGGCAACAUGCAUAAAAGGUUAUAAAAAGAAGACUGUAAAGACACCAUCCGGAGCAGAAAAGCCAGAUUUCUGCUUCUUAGAAGAGGACCCUGGAAUCUGCCGCAGCCUCAUUACUAGGUAUUUUUAUAACAACCAGUCAAAGCAGUGUGAACAAUUCAAGUAUGGCGGGUGCCUAGGCAACCUCAACAACUUCGAGACUUUGGAUGCGUGUAAGAACACCUGUGAGGAUCCAGUGAAUGAGUUACAGACGGGUGACUACACACCUGAUCUCAAUACUGUAAAUACCACUUUGACUCCCCAGUCUACCAAAGUGCCCAGCCACUGGGAAUACCACGGCCCUUCCUGGUGUCUUAGUCCGGCAGACAGUGGACUGUGUCAAGCCAACGAGAAGAGGUUCUACUUCAAUUCAGCCAUUGGGAAAUGCCGCCAAUUUAAGUACACUGGAUGUGGGGGAAACAGUAACAAUUUUACUACCAAAAGAGAGUGUGUUAGAGCGUGUAAAAGAGGUUUCAUCAAAAGAAUACCAAAAGAAGGAGUAAUUAAAAUCCAAAGAAGAAAGAAACCUUCAGUUAAAGUAGUAUAUGAAGCCAUUAAUUAGUGUGAAGAUAUAGCCACAUUAUUGUUACAUUAAUUUCACUAAAUAUUUCUAUAACCUAUUUUUACUAUGACGUCUAUUCUUCUACUACAAUAAUGUUAAUGAAUAUGUUAAUAGUUAAUUUUCCAGGCCAUUCUGUCUGCUAAGGAUGUGUUUUCAUUAGUGUUUCUUUUCUAAUCCAGCCAAUGUACUUUUUUAAAGCUAUAAUUUGUUAACUGGCUACUGUGAAUUUUGUCUUGAUCCCUUUCAAACUGUUUUCGAUUUAAUUACAAGUUCUCCUACUCCUAACCACUUGAACCAGUUUUCUCGUUUCCGUUGGUGACCAUCUACUGGAAGACAUGUUUUCAUUUGUUAUGAUCAUGAACAUUAUGUACCCUUGAAAGUCUAAACCUUCUCAAAUGAUUUCAUUUUUAAAAAUGUAAGAAAUAAAAUAUUCCAGCCUGAACAAUAAGCUUGACUGUUACACUGGUAUUUACUAAAGAACUUGUUACUUAUCUUGUUACUUGUUUACAGAGUUGUAAAAUCAAAUAAAAACCAUUGUCCCAGCUUUA